ACAGCUUAGCAGCCAUCCAGCGAUGGUUUCUUCUUCGCUUCGGUCAUUGCCCGAGAUGGAUCAUUCUAUCCUUCCCACCUCGGCUCCGACACCUCCCUCUGUCUCCAACGCCGCCACUGCUGUAUCCCCGCCCUCGUCUCCCAGCUUCCUCCUGCGGGUCUCCGUCUUCCUUGUCCUCGCUGCCUUCUCGCUGUGGGCAAAUUUUGAAGCUUCCAAGGGCUUCGAGAUCGCCGUCAUCAACGCCGCCUCCGACACACAUGCGGCCCGGCGCUUCCAUCUCCUGUUCGUCUCCAACGGCCGCGCCGCCAGACUAGUCCUCAGCUCGAGCGAUUUCGUUGAGCGCGUCCUCUAUCCGGAUGAUUCGUUCCCUAGGAAGCCAGUGGGGCGGGUAACGCUUUACAUGGCCGCCUUAGACCUCAACGAAACCGUCCUGGUCAGCCGUGGCCGCCGCCCAGGCGAGUUCGUAGUUCGGAUGAGCCAAGCCGUCAUGGGGGAGUCCGACGUGCAGGUGUCGGUGGCCUCCGCGGUGCAACGGGGCAUGGCCCGCGUGUGGCUCUGGGACGGGCGAGGCCGGGCGCCGAGAUCGCUUCUGGAUGCCAUGGUAGACUACCUCACCGUCUCAACCGGUCUGGUGUCGCCACGGAUGAGGCGGAACGACGACAGUGCCGCACUCAACGCUGCUCCGUGCUGGGCGGAGCAAGAUCGGUUGUGUGUAGCACGCAUGAACCGAGCCAUGCAGGAGGAAUGGAACGAAAGCAAGCUAGAGGAUGCCUGCGGCCUGCCUUCUGAAAGCUGUGCUCGGUCUUCCUACUCCUCAUUUGAGACAGUAUGACCA